UCAUGUCUUGCGAUGGUUUAAAGGAUGGGGACGUUCGUAGUGCUUCUUCUGAGCUUGUUCGGCGUUUCCCUGGUCGUGGCUGACAGUUUAGCUCCUCCUGUAAAUGUGUCCAUUAGGGAUCUGAAGGCUAACUCUGCUGCAGUGACAUGGGACAUCCCAGAUGCAGAGCCUGUCAUUGGAUUCGCCAUCACCCAGCAGAAGAAGGAUGUGCGCAUGUUACGCUUCAUACAGGAGGUGAACACGACCACUCGCAGCUGUGCAUUAUGGGAUUUGGAGGCAGACACGGACUACAUUGUGCAUGUGCAGUCUAUCAGUGUGCGUGGGACCAGUCCACCCAGCGAGCCGCUGCGCUUCAGGACGCCGAAAGAAGCCGAGAGACAGGCCUCUAAGAGUAAAGACGAAGUCACCAUGGAAGAAGUGGGCCAGACCACUCAACUCAGGGCAGGGGAGCUCAUCAUCAUUGUGGUGGUGCUAAUAAUGUGGGCAGGCGUGAUUGCCCUCUUCUGUCGUCAGUACGACAUAAUCAAAGACAACGAGCCCAACAACAACAAAGAUAAAGCCAAGAAUUCCUCAGAGUGUAGUACCCCUGAGCACCCGAGUGGUGGGCUGUUGCGGAGCAAGGUAUAAUCGCACCUCCUCUCCCCCCCCCCUCAAGAGCUCAGAGGA